UCUCUUGUGUGCGAUUGAUAGUAAAGUUAUCGAGAAGAGGCAACAAAAUUGAUUUCUCAUUAGCGACGAUAACACCUUCCGACGAAGCGAAAAUUGGACAACCUCAGGCAAGGUUGCGUGUUUGCUGAGUCAGUCGUCAGUCGCUGUGUUUGACGAAGAACCUGUCAGCUCUAUUGGGAAGUGAUUUGUGCAGUUGUGGGAGCCUCUAGGUCCUUGGGAGUGUGCUGCGGUAGGGAACCGCGGGUGUCUUUCAAAUCAAUAUUGAACGUUCUUUCGCUGUGCUUUCUUCUGAGGUUUCGCGUGAACAUGGCCACGUCCUAGGUAUGUAACUUCGCUGUAGUCGUCGUAAUACCAAAUACCUCGUGAGGACGCGUGGUGUGGGCUGAAAGUGCGGGGGAAAGAGAGCGUGUGGAAAAACGGUUUCCAAGCGAUAGACUCAUUAGCAUAAAACAAUAACAAAAGAGUGAAAAUAACCACAAUAACGAAAUUCACACAACCAAAGGCAUGAUGGUGCGGCAAUGAGUGUAUCUAGUGCAUAAUUGAGAGUAACUUACCUACAACAACAACCGGCAAAAGAGUGCUUAACAAUUACUACACUGGAAGAAAAGGGCUUUAUUGAAUCAGUGUGCUGUGAGUGACUAACCAAAUACCAAAUCCCUCGUAAUUCGGCUUGUGCAUGAUGUCGGAACCCACUACUAAUCCCACGGCAAACCCUGCAGCCGGCGCCGGGGAACCGAUCCCACAGUGGAAGAAAGAACUGCUCCAGCGCCGGAAGAAUCUGGCCAAAACCAUCGGAACGGCUGCCACGCAGGUACACGACAGUGCUUCUACAGUGGCGGCGGCACUCACCACCACUCCAACGACGCCGCGGGCCGGCAGCGGAACGAGCGGGAGCCCCUUCGGAAGCGGUGGUGCCAGCUACAAAGAUCCAUCGGUAGUGGCAGCACCGUCCACCGUGGCAGAUACCACCGCCCCCAGUGUACAAUCAUCAUCACCAUCAGCGCCAGCGACUAGUCCUACCCCUAGCAAUAGUUGUUAUAGUAGUAGUGCAAAUAGUAAUAAUAACAAUAAUAAUGGUGAUUCACCUGCUUCGCCACCCGCAGCUACCACCCCGACGUCGUCGCUCUUUGGGGCCCCGGUGUUCGUAGGUCAUUCGCCAGUGAAUGAACAUCCAGCGACGUCGCCGCAAGUGUUGGUAAAGUCUGCAGCACUGGUGGGCACCAGCAGCACCAAUACCAUCGCCAGCCACAGUGCUGCCGUCGCCGCCGCCACUCGAGCAGCCGAAGUGCCGUUGCACGCUCAGCAGUCACAUUCCAAUGACGGUCCGGAGAGCACCAGCUGCACCAGUAGUACUACCAGCCGAUCGUUCACGUUAAGCCAUCUCCAUAGUAGCAGCGGUGGUGCGUCGUCGAGUGGUGGUCCAGUGGGAAAGUAUGCCGCCACCUCCGGUGGUAAUGGUAUUAGUGCUAGUAGCAGUCUUGAUUGUGAGCUAACAACGCGACCAGCUUCUUCUUCGGGGGAAACAAGUAACAGUUAUAGUGGAAUCGGUGAGAUUGGUUUAAGAUCGAAGAAAAACACUUCAAGUGCUUCGAGCAGCAGCAGCCCCAAAAUGGUUGCAGCGAGUGCUGAAGAGAUUGUUUACGAGAAGAAUCCGCGAUUUGUGGGGAACGGCGGAGGCGAGGGGACCACCGUUGACGUGGACUCGUCUGAGGAGUUAAAGUAUGGACCGGGAAUAGUGUCAAAGUUGAGGUGUCGUUAUUUGAGCCUUGCGCUGAGGCAAUCCGCGAACAAGCAGAGGCCUUCUUUGAACAACAUGCGUAGGGCCACCAGUUUGAACAAUCUGCUGGACGAGGAAGGGGAAGAUUUGAGUGAACGGGAGCAAUCGAUCGAGUCCUCCAAGGAUCAUCACCAACCGUCGUCGCAGGAGAAGGGGGGAUAUCUGCAGCAGCACCAGCAGCAGAGCCAGAAUGGGAAAUUUGGCCAAUUUACGAACAACCAAAUAAACACGGGAACGGCGAAAACAGCAAAAACGCCCGACGAGUACAUCUCGACGUUCCAGAAGAGCGUGCAGAACAGUUAUACGCGAAGUGGCCGACAGACGGAGAAGAAGAACGAGUACAAUCGGUACAAUAAGCAGCGUGGUGCCGAUUCGCUAAAACGGGCUCGAUCAGUUGAGGCGCUGGUGCGCUACGAUCAUAAGGCCUGGGAGCGCGAUAUCCAGAAGGAAAAUCUCUACAGUAGCAACGAUAGCAAUGUGAUCAUACUGGAUGAGAUUAGCUGCACGAACGGGACCAACGGUGGCAACAACAACUGUCAAUCAUCGGUGGCGAUGAGCAAGGCUGACCUGAUAACGGACUGUGUCACGAUCGAGGAAAAGAUUAUCAACGGUCGGGAGAAAGGCGAUCCCAAACCGAAGCGGCUGACCUCGUUCAUCGAUGCGGACGAACGUCCUCCGCCGGAUGUCGUUCGGCAGACGAUGAAAAUAUUUGAGGCUAAUGCCAAUCGUAGAGGACGACCUGUUGCGAGAACUAACGGUGCUGCCGGGGAAGUUGCUGCCAAGGUAGCCUGCUACAAGUCGAUCAUUUCGCAGGAUAAGCCCCCGAUCACACAUCCCAAACCGCCGCUCAGUCCUAAGAAGCCAAAUAUCAUACCACGUUCUGCUAGUCCCAAAUCGAAUGGAAAUUCCGCUCCGGUUGCCACCAACGGUCUCAAAGAGAAGCCCGCGCUCCCGAAGCUGGACAUUGGCGUGAUCCGUAACAGUUUGGAAACAACUAACAACCUCAAGAACUCGGCAUCGUCUCCCAAUCAUAACAAUAACAAUACAUCCACACCGCCGCUAUCUGUGCGCGUACCAGAAUCGCAAUCCUACCGUCUCAAGUAUGAAUCACCCGCCUUAUCGCCAAACAGCACUGCCCAACACAAAGUCACUUCUAGCGCGGCGUCGCCGACGACUACGACGACAAACCGCGCGGAGAGUCCUCGAGCUGCUGCCGCCUGUAUGCAAAACAACACCCCGAACAGUACGGCUCUCACGUUCAUCGACUCACCAUCGAUUCCAACUCUUGCGAGCAAGCUCGGCAAUCUAAACAUCGCGACCUCUACCCCUACGAGCACCCGCUCCUCCACCCCGCAAGAUCUGCCCGCGCUUCCGCCGCAAGCCCCACCCCGGCAGCCGCCCGCCGCGGCGCUCCUCCAGUACGCCACCAGCGAUGAAGAGGAUCCGGACGACCCGGAGGAGGACCGACAGCACCAAUACUCGCUGAACCAUAGCAGCGAUUCCGAUCAAUCGUGUGACCUUGCACCGACCACGGAAGGCGACGACUACGACUACGAUUACGCCGACGAGUUCGAUCCGCAGGAGGUGAAAAAAGUAUCCCGUGCCGCCAUGGAUAACAUUUCCCGUGCGGGCGUCACGACGCAAUUCCGCUUCAACGGCCAAUCCCAGCAGAACAAAUCCCAUCUGCCAUCGCUCGGCGCUGGCGGCGGUGCAAAGCUGCUCUCCAACAAGAAACUGAACGUCGACGAUCAUCAGUCGGCGUCGAAUUCCUCAUCGACGUCGUCAUCGCCGAUCACAGUGCCCGCCGUGGCCCCUGUGAUCGCCCACAAACCGCCUGUGCCACUGUCACGUGAAAGUCUCGCGUCGUCCACCAAUAAUGGCCUUAAGCCGAACAGCAACACCAACAACAGUGUCACGCAUAAUAUCAAUAGUGUCAACAGUAGCAAUGCCAAUAUCAGUGUCAACAACAACAACAACAACAGCAAUAAUGGAAGCAAAGUGGUGAUAAAUGAUUCAGUCGGAUCGGCGGCGCCGUCGUCGAUGCCGCCCAAUGUGAGUGCCGGUGGUGCUAGUGACGUGUCGAAAACGGUGAAUCUAACCGCACGCGAAAUCGAGAAGAAUCAGAUCAAUUUGGUCAAGAGUGAAGAAGGCCUCCUCCAUAAUAGUGCUUCUAGUGUUGUCGGUGGUGGAAUGUUGGGAAAAACCGGUGCCGGGGGUGACGUCAGCACCAACACCAAUACCGGCGCCGGUGCCGGUGCCGGCGGUGACUUCUUUAUGGCCAAGUGGGGCGGUGCCCAAAAGGCGACGACGGGCGCCGGUGAAACUGUGGCCGCCGCCCCGAUGGUGGUGCCUACGAAGAAGAAGGUUAAAGCGCCACCGCCGCCACCCAUCGAGGCCAACACGAUGGUGUUCAAUUUCAGCGACCGGAAGGACGUACCGGAUUACAUCGAGAACGACGGGAUCAUCCUGCGGCCGCGACCACGGGAGCUGCCUAAGCCCGGCGAGUCCGGUUUCGUGGUACUGGGCGACCUCACGCUCGAAACCUCGACCGAUCCGGACGACUCGUGGGCCAUGGGACCCCCGUCGCCGUGCGAUGUCGAGUUUGCCAACGCUAACAUUGUGAUCAACGGUAAAUCCAGUAUGAGAAACAAGACUUCUAGGGAUAGCAAGUUCAAAAUCCAAUUUGACGAUUCAUUAACCUCGACCUUUGAGUACCCGUCGGAGACCUCGCUGCUGGAGGCCACGAAUGGCGGCGUCGGCUACGACGACGAUGUAGCGGACGGUCUAAUGGAUGCUGCGGCCAUCCUCGUCAACAGCAAGAUCAACAUUGCCGCUGCCAGCAACAACAGCUUGGGUAACACGGUGGCGACGGUGGGGGCGGUUGCGACGACGACAACUACGACAACGACGGGGAGCGGCGGAGGUGGCGGCGGUGGCGGACUUACCUUCGGGGACAACGGUCUGCUGUCGCACAAGAACACCCUCCUCUCGUCGAUGCCACUAGGCUCCGCUCCUUUUGCUAGUUAUACCCCAGUAAAGGCCGCCAUAGACACCACCUUCGAACUGGGCGUCACGCGAACGCCGUCCCCGUCGAGCACUGCCAGCAGUACGUGUAGUAGCAACGAACAGCACCAACAACACCACCCACAGCAGCAACAGCAUCAGGUUCAUCACCAUCCGCAUCAUCAGAAUCCGCAUCAGCAUUCGAAUGGUCACCAGCAGCACCAUCAUCAGCAACACCAGGGCCGGAUCAACGGCGACGCCUCGGCUGGUGGGCUGUUGCUGCUGAAUGGUGACUCCUCCGGUGAACCGGAGAGCAUACAGUAUCUGAAACCGGCCUCCGACGAGCAAACGGUCAACUGGAGUCAGGGCACACGGGUCACGGAUUUGCUCUUCUAGACCCCCCGAAAAGGUGCGAUUUGUUAGAUGUUGUAAGCAAUUUUCUGUGUAACUUGGUUAUCACUUUAUACUUUUUGUGUAAUUAGCUAGUUUAGUAGAAGAGGAAUCCUGUGGAAUGGAUUCUUUACACGUACACACAUACAUACAGACACUUACAUAAACCUAGAAGCUUAUUGUGAGGAAACUUUUUAUGCUUUCGAUGUUUCGUUGUGUGCGGAGAAACAUCCGGCGACGAAAAGUUAUUUUGCCGAGAAGAAAAUUCCAAUUUUUUCAGUAGUACAGUACUAACCUAAUCAGUAACGAAAGAAGAUAAAAAAUGUCCCAUUUUUAAUCAAACGAACAAAAAAGUGGACUUUCCGAGAAAAAAAAAGACAAGUUUAUUGCAGUAUUUAAAGCCGAGUUUUUUAUAGGAUAAGAUGUCAUUGUGAAAAUUUGAAUUGAAAGUGAAAUGAAUAUUGAUAUCAUUUGUGAUGAGUAUACAUAUACAUACAACAAGAGUACGGAACAUAAAUUCGAUUUAACCCCCUCUUUAUAAAUAUACCUAUUCUAUUAUAUGAAGAAAAUGAAGCAUAUUAAUUCUAAGCGAAACAAGGUUAUACACAAUAGGCUUACUAUUUUUAGCUAUUCCCUAGAGGACCCGAGACAGCGUGUAGGGCGAACCCAAGAGAAAUUUCUAACAUCGAUGAAACGAAGAAAAUUCCACGUCUGAGAGUUUAAGGCUUACUAGUGCGAUUCACGAUUCUUGUCGAAUCGAAUCGGAGCAUUGCUCCUUAGAGAUAUUUAUGUCUUUAGAUUCCUCGUGUCACAUGGUAUAAAUCUAUGACAGAAUAAUAAAACUGCUUAUAUUUAUUGUGCCACGGGAAAUCUCAAAACUCCAAAUCUGAUUCGGUUAGGUAAGAACGUGACGCCAGAAUGUGAUUGAAACCCGCUUUUAGGUUAAUCCUAACCCUAAUCAACCUUUCAUUCCCGAGGGUACCCAAUCCCUCGCUCUUUCCGUAGAAUCGUAGAACUUUCAACCGGCGGAGCGUUUCCCGACUCACAAUUUCCAGCUCCUUAGUAUGUCUCCCUAAAAGAACAGAAAUGACAGUUAUGAUCAUAUUCUUUCCAUUUUAAUCAUGUAAUAAGUAGAAAACCCCCUCUACAAGUUCAUACUUAUAUAGGAAGAUACUUUAAAGCAAAACCGUAGAAUCGUAGCCAACAAGGCGAAGCAUAAGGCGUUCAGAGUGUAGUAGAUCGAUAGUCGUCACCAAAUCAAAUGAUCCAUGCAUGUGUAGUCAGUCAGUCAGCCAGUCAGCUCUUAUUCAGCUCCAAAUCCGAGCUUCUCUAUAGCCGGGGAUCACUUGUUGUAUAGUGGUGUGUGUUGAAUGUUUUCGUUUGAAUGAUGGAAGUCGAACCGACGCAACCGGCGCAGCAGGAAUCAAACGCUGAUGGCGAUUGUUCAAGUCAAGGGCUUUCGCUCGAAGAAGGGAAAUAUUGAUAAAAAAUAUGAAAUGACGGGAUUCGAAGGAAAAGUGCAAGAAAGACGACGUGUAAUUAUAUGUGGUAGUUAAGGAACUCUUUUCUUUCCGUUCGUUUCCUCUCUUUAUGUGCUAAUUGUAGUAAUCAAGCAAACCCCGUACCCCCAACCCCCUUCUUCCACCCCCAAUAAAGGAGUAUCGAAAAAGUCUUACGCAUUUUAUGUAAAAUAUUA